GUGUCGGCAAGUCGGCUCAACAUCUCCCACUGCCGCCCGUCCAUCGCCGCGCACUUCUUUGUGAGACAUCUGGCUCGAGACCAUUACGACAGCACUCUAUCUCUACCAAGUAGUACACGGUUCGCGUCGUUAGAUGAACCAUGUCCUUCUUAGCCGAGCUCAGUAAGCGCCAAGGCAAACAACCAUCGCAGUCAGUCAAGCCGUUUGGAUUUGCCCGCGCGCUGCACCUCGACACCACCGCUACAUCAACGGACGCUGCGUCGUUGCUGCCACCAUUCCUAGAAAAGAAGACGUCGUCUCAGACGUUUGCGUCACCGUUUGCUAAAUCGGCCAUUGAAAUCCUCAAAGAGCUCGAACGCAAGGCCGAAGAGGAUGCGUCGGCACGUCAACAGCAUCCUGAAGACGACCCACCAAAUGGAAUCAAGCCACACGUCCCAUCCGCAGGAGUCAUGAGUAGUUCGCUCAUGAGCUCGUUAAACCGACGGACACUCAACGCCACCGUGCUUGGCACACCUGCAGCGUCGUCCAACGACAACCAGAGCGACAACGACUUCGCAGCGCCGCCAGACCAAGCGAUCGCGCGGCCAGUAGCAAAUCCUGCAAAGAAUGUUCUCGAGGAAAUGAUGAAAGCUCGACGUGCGCCUCCACCACAAGAACCAGCUCCAACGCAACCUGCGAAAUCGUCGGGGAAGAAUGCCAUGUUGGAGCAACUUUUACAAAAGCGAAACAAAAGUCCCGAAAUUGAAUCGUCGCCCAGCAGCAACAACAACGAAGAGGAAGGACCGAAGAAGCACAACAUGCUUGCGCAACUCCUUCAAAAACGAAACAGUGCUCACCAACCGCCGCUGGAGCAACCAUCGCCGACGUCGUCGUCGGCCUCGACAGAAUCCUCCGAGUCGACCCGAUCCUCCGAAGACAGCACGGCCGACGUGCCGUUGAAAGACCAUCCCAAAUACGCAACGUACUUCCUCAUGCUCAAGCGAGGACUGCCCAAGCCCGCUGUCCAGCACCGCAUGACCAAGGAGAACGUCGACCCAGCCAUUCUGGACAUGGACCCGAACCAGCCUUUGAUCGAAUACACGCUGGCAACGGACCCCGUGUAUGAAAAGUACUUUAAGAUGCUCAAGACGGGUCUCCCACGUCCCGUCGUCGAGCAUAAACUCCGCGCCGACGGCAUAUCCCCCCACUUACUAGACCUAGACCCAACCAUACCGACAGUUCCCAAGGCCCAGCUGGACGCAGCCUUUGAAGCACAUAAAGAAAAGGUCGUGGCAAAGUACAAGAAGAUGCUGAAGUUGGGCAUGCCCCCCAUGGCUGUGGACCACGCCAUGGUCAAGGACAACGUCGAUCCUUCGUGGCUCCACCCCGAGUCGACCGCCACCGCCACCUCCUCGAAGAGCUUCAUGACGAGAAAGGUGGCCAAGCCAGACCGGAUUCGAAAAAAGCUCCACUGGGUCGUCCUCAACAAAGACGCGAUGGAUGCCUCGACCUUAUGGAAACAGCCCACGCAAGCUGCGUUGUCGGAUGCGAGUGUGGCGGCUCUCGAACGGCUCUUCACCAAAUCCAUCCACGACGAUGUGGCCAAAGCUCACAAGAGCGACGUGUCAAACACGGCCAAGUCGACCCGCGACUUGCUCCAGGUCAAAAGCGUCAGCCUCAUGGACAUGAAGAAGGCACAGAACAUUGGGAUCACCCUCGCACGUAUUAAAGUCCCAUUCGACAAAAUCAAGGACGAAAUCUUAAAUAUGAAUCCGACCGUGAUGUCGUCGAUGCACUUGAAAGCCCUCAUCGAUCUCUGGCCCGACGCGCAAGAAAUGAAAGCUAUUCGGGACUUUCAAGGCGACCCCCAAACUCUCGGACUCGCGGAGCGGUUCUGCCACGUCAUGCGGGACACCCCCCGAUUCCCGGAGAAGCUCCAGUGCCUCAUCUUCAAGCAAGAGUUUCACUCUCGGAGCCAUGAACUUCGGGAAACAAUCUUGCUCAUCGUGCGCUGCGUCCAUCAAAUCUGCACAAGCGAUGACCUCCGAGAUAUUUUGCUGCUCGUGCUCAAGAUGGGAAACGUGCUCAACUUUGGCAAAGACGCAGAGAACGGGGCGGCGGGCGUGGCCAAGGGGUUUUCGCUGAGUUCGUUGGUCAAGCUGUCGCAGACGAAAGCGUUUGUGGGGCAAACAACGUUGCUCCAGUUUCUCGUGGAAGUGGUUGACCGUGAUGCCCCGCACUUGGCCCAGUUUGACGAAGAAGUCGGGCUGCUCGAGCGCGCGUCGCGGGUUGUGACGCAGCAAUUGUACAUGGAGAAGAAAGCGCUCGAGGGCGGUCGCGCCCAUUUAGAAGCCGAGGCACAACGCAUUCUCGUACGGCCGACACCCGACGCUUGGCAUGAAUGGCUAGCAGUGAUGGAUUGACUUCCUCUGGCAGGGCGAAGAUCAUGAGACCAACCUUACUGCCGCCGCCAUUCGCUUCUUUUUGACCAAAGUUGACAUGGAGUUGCGCGAUCUGACCGAUCAGCUCGACUCACUCAACCAAAAGAAAGCGUCCUUCUUGCGGUACAUUGGCGAGGAAGGCAACUACGAAGUGGACGAACUCUUCAGUGUGCUGUGGGCAUUCACGGAAGAGUUCCGCGCAGCGCAUCGUAAGUUUGUGCUGAAAAAAGCCCGCGCGGCCAAAAAGAAGCAACCGCCUCCGCCACCCGUAGCCGAAUGUGCCUAACAAUUCCCACGGCCUGCCGCCUUAUUUACGCCAAGAAUGUCCUCCAUUCAAAUAAAAAACUCGUCUCGCUCUAAGUGGAGCCCGUCGUCGUCGUCG